AUGGACGGAAACGUGACGCUGGGCCGCGGACACGUUUUCCCGCUUGAAAACUACAAGGUUCCUUAUUAUUAUUGUCGAUUAUUGUUGUGGGUGUUGUUUGAAUUAAACUGGUUUUUGGCUAAUCGAAAAAAAUUCGAUGAGUAGGAGGUGGAGGUGGAGAGAUAGGAAAUUUAUGUGAGGUAGGGCGAAAUUUAGAAUUUUAGAAAGUUUGGUAAGAUGAACAGAAUUGUUUUAAGGUGUAAAAAAUUCAAAAUUCUCUCAUUUUUAACAAUUUUAAGCUUCAAGCUUGAAAAUCCAUUCAAUUAUUCAGGAUAUGUUUCAUACUUGUUCUAGAAAACAAUCCGAAUUGUAAGGGGCGGAUGGAAAAUUAUUUGAAAAUCAUUGUUUUUCGGUUGAAACGGCUUAAAAUCUCUAUAGGAGCCACUUGCAUGUUCUAGUUGCAAACAUAAAGUGGUCCCUGGAGGGGAGCCUUCAAGAGCCCUAAGUUUCCUCCUAUAGUGACAACUCUGGCGUUCCUAAGACUGGUUGACCUUUUGUAAUUGGUUUUUAUUUCAUAAUUCAAGGUUGCGAAAAUUAAUUUAAGAGUAUUUUUUUCGCAGAGAAAAAUGGCUCAUUUUUAAAAAAAUAGAAGAGAAAAAAAGGUUUUAAUAUGGGUCACAGAACUCUUAAUUUUAAUAAAUUUUUGAAAAAAAGCACAAAAUUAUAGUCAAUGUUUCCCGACUUGAAAGGCGAGAGGCGGGGCAGGGGCGGGACGCGUAGCGUGUGCGUUCGCGGUUCUUGGCACGAGUUCAAUUCAAUUUCCGCCGACUAUUUAAAAAACUCGGCAGCCGCUCUUUUUCGAUGUUUUGUACUCUUUUUUGAUGCACUCAUGAACAUAAUCAAUAAAUAAUUGAAAAAGGAAUGAAAAAAGCGAAAAACGGGCUUUUCAAAGAGUAGAUGGCGGUUAAAUUGACCUCGUGCCAAGAACCGCGAACGCACACGCUACGCGUCCCGCCCCUUGCCCCGCCUCCCUCGCCUUUCAAGUCGGGAAACAUUGACUAUAACAAUAGAAUUUUUUUUGAGUUACGUUUUAAGCUUGAGAGAAUGUAACAUAUUUUGCUGUUCCAUUCCAAAAAUAAGAACUUGGAAUAUUUUUCCGGAUUUAGUUCUGUUCUAGAAUGGAGAAAAUUUUCUUUUGAAGGUCUUUCCUAGUAUAUUCGGGAAAAAUCAAAACAGAAGACUUAAAAAAAUGAUAAAAUAAUUCUUAAUUCCUGGAAUCAAGGACCUUCAAGUUUUGAUGAUAUUGUACCAAUUUUUUUCUUUUUAAUUCCUUUGAAAAAAAUGGAUGUAACCCCCAUAAGUUAGCAUUAUUUUUGUUCUGAGAUCUAUUAAUUUUGUUCGUUUCUGUUAUUUCAUGACAUAGGUUUCGAUAAAGUGACUGAAAAACUCAAGUCAGUUUUUUAAGAACGUUUUUUUGAUUUUGAGUUUUUUUUCGCCUAUUUUUCCAAUAAAAUCCUUGAAAAACUCUCAAUUUUACUAUAAUUUAUUUUAAAACAAAAUAGCAUUCAUUUUUGAUCAUUUUUUGCUGAUUUUAAGUAUAAGUUGUGAAAAAAUACAUUAAAAAAAACCCAUAAAUUUACCUUUCUUUCUCUGAAAUCGAGAAUUUUUCCAACUCUGAUCAUUUUUGCUAGCUUUUUUUGUAAGUUAGGGAGCGAAUUUUUAUUUAUUUCUUUUUUUUAUAAAUAUCUUUUGAAGCGGGGAGCUCGUGUCUGGCACCGACAUCCGGAGCUCGUUUGGGUCGAAGGUCGUCUGGAAGAUGACAUCACCUUCGAAUCCAGGGAAUACACCAUUUCCUUUGAAGAUUACCCGGUUUUCGACUUUACCCUGAGAUUUCAUCUGUUUCUCGAUUUUUCCAGCGUCAAACAGUGCCCCUGAAGGCGAUUGAACAGUUGCCUUUCCUCUGUAAUCCGGAAAUUCUCGUCGGGAAGGACGAUUUGACCGCCUUGUCGUAUCUUCAUGAGCCUGCUGGUGAAUUUUGACUCGAAAUAUGAUUUUUCUAUUUUAUAAAAAAAUACUAGAAGGCGUUAGGAAGCCUAUAGGUAAUUUUAAAAACUUUGAAAAAUUGGAAAAAAAAUUUUUUUUUUCAUUUUUUUGAACUAAAAAUCUGGGAAAAAUCUUGAAAAAAAUCGAUCGAUUUUUGAUUAUUUGUGAUUAUUUUGGGAAUUCACAACAGAAUAUACUGCUUUGAAUGGAGCUUCCAACAGAACUACAAAAAAAUAAAUUCGUUUGUUUUAUCGGUUCAAUUGAUGCGUAAAAUGUAUAGGAAAAAAUUUGAAACAGUGAACUUAUGUAUCCGGUUGUAUUUUCUAGGUGUAUUUUUUUUUAUUCGUGAAAAGGUUGAUAUUUCUUUCUAAUUAGGCCUGCGUCUUUUCUCGACAUUUUUGUGCGGAAAAUCUCUUUAUAGGAAAAGGUGUUUUUUUGGCAUUUUUCAAAAAGGAGUUCUCGAACUGGAAUGAAAAUUUAUCACUGGCUGUCGCUUUUUUUUCAUUUUCUGACAGCUUUUUAUUGAUGAUUUAACAACCCAGAAGCUUGAAAUAUCAAAAUAUUUACGGCAUUUUGUUGAAAAUUUAAUGAGUUUUUCACCGCUGAUUAUUCGAUUUUCCAGUCCUCCACAACUUGCAAAAUCGAUUCGUCGUCCGGCAGAGCAUCUACACGUACUGCGGGAUCGUACUCGUCGCCAUAAAUCCCUACGCGGAUUGUUCUCAUUUGUAUGGGGAUGAAGUUAUUCAAGUUGGUCUUGGAGACUCGAGAAAAAAAAAACCGGGGAUAAUAUGAUAUGGAUUGCUCUAAUUGCUUAAAGCAUUAAAAUUUCCGAUUUUUCUGGAUUUUUUGGGUAUCUAAAUCGUUAAUAUUAGUGAACAGUAUCAAUAAACCUUCUUGAUAAGGUGCCAUUUUUGGAUCCUCGAGCUAAAAUUUGUCAAAAAGCCCUUUUUAAGCUGCCCGGGCUAAAAAAAAGGCCCUUUGAAGUCCCCCGGGCUGAAAAAUGCCAGUAUAAGGUUCUCGUGCUAAAAUUCGUCAUUCGAAGGUCCUCGAUCUAAAAAAGGGCCAUUUCAUGUUGCCCGGGCUAAAAAAAGGCCCUUUAGGGUCCCCCGGGUUGAAAAAGGCCAAUAGAAGGCUGACCUGCUCAAAAAAUGUAAUUUUUAAGGUUUUUGGGCUAAAAUAAGCCAUUUUGAAGUUUUAGCUGAGUUUUAGUUUCAAAAAAAACUUUUUCAAGGUCUCCGGGUUAAAAAAAUAUCAUUAAAAAAAUUGAAAAAUCUUAGGUUAAAAAUGCGGAAUUUUGUACACGAUAGUCUUCGGAUAACCCUUUCUUCGUACAAGUUAUCAAAAAUGGACUCUCCAGGUGUACAGAGGGGUCGGAAAGUCGGUCCGAGAGCUGGACCCCCACAUUUUCGCCGUCGCCGAAGAGGCCUUCUACGACAUGGCCGAGUUCGGGAAAAGCCAGUCGAUUAUUGUCAGCGGCGAGUCGGGUGCAGGCAAAACCGUGUCCGCCAAGUUUGUCAUGAGGUGAGUCUUGGGGGAAAGCGUCGCGGCUCGCGAAGCGGUCUCGAAAAUUUGCCGCUUUUCUGUGUCUCGAAACGAUUUUCAUUGGUUUUAAACCGUGGAUCAAUUGGAAAAAAGCUCCAUAGAAAGUUCCUUAUAAGGUGAUAAAGGUUCCUUUUUUUGCUGUCUUUUUGCGCCAUUUCAUCGGCUGUUAUGCACCAUUUUUGCUGUCUCUCCCAUUUUCCACCGUUUCUUGUGCCUUUCAAAUACCAGAAAAUGGAAGGUUCGAUAAAGGGACUCUUUUUGCUCCCUUUCUGCAGCCUUUUUGCGGCAUUUUUUGAACCUUUUUGAAGCUUUUUUGCAGCUUUUUUGCAGCCUUUUUGCAGCCUUUUUGUUGCCUUUUCGCUGCCUUUCUGUAGCCUUUUUGCAGCCUUUUUGUUGCUUUUUGUCGCCUUUUUUGAGCCUCUCCCUUUUAGCCGCCAUUAUGAACCAUUACAACUUUGCCCGAAAACGGUUUUUGAUGGUUUCGAACCUUUAGAAAUCGUUUUGAGAUCUAUCAUCAAAAAUCAGCACCAUUAAACUUUAGAAGCAAAAACUCAAAAAUCAAGACUGGAACCCGUGGGAAAAUGUGGAAUUAUAUGAGAUUUUCAGAAAAAAAAAACGGAUAAGAAAUCAAAUUUGAGGCUCAACGGAGUAGUUUUAUAACAUUUUGUGAAAAAAUAAUAAAAAAAAAAACUAGAAUUUCCAUGAGAAAAGGUUCUACGAGUUUUUAGGAAAAUCGGAAAAUAUUAUAUUUCGAGUUUUUGGUUUCUUAAUUUCUUAAAGAAACAGUUUCGCUUUGGAGAAUUGGUUAAAAGUCGAAAAAUUCAGUUCAAAAAAACUAAUAUAGGUUUUUGAAACGUUAAACGAUUUGUAAUUUUAUUCAGUUCAAUUGAAAGAACUAUAAUUUUUCCAAAUUUGAGAUCCUAUUCUUAAUUUUAAACUUGUCGAAAUUUGGCUAAAAUGAGACACUCUGAGAAAAGAAUUUCUGACAGUUGAGUCUCGGAGAAUCUUCAUGAUAGAAAUCAAAAAAAUCGGUUUUAUAAUAAUUUUAGAAAGAACCACCCAAAAACCCCAAAAAAAACAAAACCACAACACCAACCACACCCCCAACAACCAAACACAAAAACAACCCCACAACCACCCAACCCAAAACAACAAAACACAACCCCACCAAAACCCACAACCCACACAACACCCCCGAACACAUUUCUAUCCAAAAGUCGCCCCGCUCAUAGAACCAGCAAACGCCCUUUUUCUUAAAAAAACCACAAAACAAAACCACAACAAAAACAAAGUUUUGAGAAAAAAACCACAACCCCAACCACCCACCCACAACAACCAAAAACAAAACAAAAAAAAAAAAAAACCCACCCAAAAACAAAAACCCCCCCAACACCAAAACAACCACAAAAAAACAAACCAAAAAACACAAAACCAAAAAACAUCCCCCAAUUACUACCAGCCCAUUGCAAUAAAUGCUGCGCCCCGAUUGCAUUUAGCCACGCCCACGUACGACGCCUGUUAAAAAGUACACGCAACUUGAAAUUUUUUGAAAAUUGAACAGAUCAUUUAUUUUUUAUCGUUUCUAGGCCCCUGGCGAGAGAAAUUACCACAUUUUCUACCAACUCUGCGCGGCUCGGAAUAAUCCCGAAAUCAAGGAAUUGCAUUUGGGUUGGUUUUUUAGUUCAUAUUUUGAAGAUUGAACUCUUUAAAUAGGCUCAUUUUAGGUCCUUGUGAGAAUUAUCACUACCUGAGCCAAGGCGGCGACAGUCGGAUACCCGGGGUCGACGAUCGGGCCGAUUUCGAAGAAAUGACCAAGGUUUCCGGUUUCAAAAAAGAUUGAAAAAAUGAGAUUAUAUUUAUUACAGGCCUUGAAAAUGCUGGGAUUCGAAGAAGGCCAAAUAAUGGACGUUUUUCGGGUCCUAGCCGGGGUUCUACUCAUGGGAAAUGUUCAUUUUGAUGACGGCGAAGCCUGUGCCGGCAUUUCGGUCAGAUUUUUGGGUUUUUGAAGAAAUUCUAUAUUAUUUUUUUCACAGAGAAUGUAAAUAUACAGGAUCAAAAAAACGUUUUGAAAAAAAUUGCUUUUUUUCAGCGAUUUUCUAUCGAUAAAAAAAUGACUAUUUUUUUCGUUUUUUUCCGGAUUAUUUUGUCAGAAUAAUUUUCUCCAAAAAAACUUAUUUUGAAACUGCUUUUAAGUUUUUUUAGGUCGAAUUAUGGACAUGAAAAAAACCUCCUUUUUCAUCACAAACUUUCAAUUUUAUUAACAAAAAGUUGAAAAAAAUUUUGAAUUUUGAAUGAUUUUUCCAGCGGUUUGAAUAGAUGAAAAAUGAUCAUUUUUUUGAUCGUUUCCAGAUUUUUUUCGUCUGGAACAAUAGUUUUUUUGAAAAAUUUCUUUCAAGCUUGUUUAGAAAAAUUUUCCGUUAUUUCAUUCAGUCUUUCAAGUUUUUUUGAAGGGGAAAAACUAAAGGUUUUUUUAUCUAAAAUUUUUUUAGAGAAAAAAAGAGUUUUUUUCAGCGUUUCGAAUCGGUAAAAAUGACCAUUUUUUUGGUCGUCUCCGGAUUUUUUUCGUUUGAAAAAAAUAAUUUUUUUGAAAAAAAUGUUUUUUUAUUUAGAUUCUCAAGAAAAAUUUUUAUGACGUUUCGGUCAUCUUUUUGAGAUUUUCUGAAAAAAAUAGAGAAAAAUGAGAGUUUUUCAGCGGUUUUUAUUGAUAAAGUUGAAUAUUUUGCGUGUUUCCGGAAUUUUUUUGUCUUAAAAAAAUAGUAUUUGGAACUCUAUAUGGAAUAACACGGGUUUUUACAUUUUUGAUUAUUUCAGUCGAACAGUUCAAGUGAAAUCGCGAGAUUGUGCUCAUCUCUGUGGCAAGUCGACGAGAAUCUCCUUCGAAUCUGGUUGACUCGCCGCGAAAUUCGGGCCGUCAAUGAAGUCGUCACCAAGGGACUCACCAAGGAUGAUGUGAAUUUUCGAAUCAAUCAUAUUUUUGUUUAAAAAUAGCUGCUUGAAAGAUUUUUUUGAUCAAUCGUUUUGAGACCCUUUUCUGUGGGCUUUUUAGAAUUAAGGCGAAUUUUGUAAUUAUCAUUCCUACCGUAAUUGAAACCGUAAAGCUACCGUAAACCGCCUCCAUUGCUACCGUAAUUGAAACUGUAAAGCUACCGUAAUCAUAGCCCGGAAGCUACCGUAAGACGCUCACAUUGCUACCGUAAACAAAGAUGUAAAACUACCUUAAACCGCCCCUAUUGCUACCGUAGUUAAAGCCGUAAAACUAUAGUAAGACGCCCCUCUUUCCACCGUCAGUUAAGGCCGUGAAGCUACUGUAAACCGCCUCCGUUGCUACCGUGAUUAAGGCCGUCAAGCUACCGUAAACCGCCCCCAAUACUACCGUAAUUAAAGCCGUUAAGCUAUCGUAAUCAAAGCCGUUAAGCUACCGUAAGACGCUACCAGUGCUACCUUAAUCAAAGCCGCAAAGCUACCGUAGUUUAAGCCGUGAAGCAACCGUAAUUAAAGCCGUUAAGCUAUCGUAAUCAAAGCCGUUAAGCUACCGUAAGACGCCCUCAUUGCUACCGUAAUUAAAGCCGUAAAGCUACCGUAAUUGAAGUCGUUAAGCUACCGUAAACCGCUCCCAGUGCUACUGUAAUCAAAGCCGUAAAACCACAGUAAGACGCCCCUAUUUACUCCCUGAUUAAGGCCGUUAAGCUACCGUAAUUUUCGCGUGACGAUGAUCCUUUCUUAGUGCUUCAUUUUUGGCUUCUUUUCCAAGCUGUAAGAUAAAAAAAAUCGAAAAAUUUAGCGCUAUAAAAGGUUUAUCGUCGAUCGAUUCAGAAGAUAAGUUAGUUAAAAAUCUGAACAGAAAUAACCUUGAAGAUAUUUGGAUUCAGGCUUGCCGAUCCCGCGACGCCCUCACCAAAAUGAUCUACGCGCAUUUGUUCUCCUGGCUCGUGGAUCGAGUGAACGCGGCUCUGGAGGAAGUUGAUCUGCAGAAAAAUCAGUCCUCGUCCAGAAAGCGAUUGGAACGAUUCAUUGGAGUCCUCGAUAUCUAUGGGUGAAUGGGAAAACCGUCUUUUACUUCAUUUUUGAUUGAUAGUCUUCUUUUUUCGUUUCUUUUUCUCGUUAUUGUCGAAAAUAGGCCACCUAAGUGUAGUCGAUUAAUAUUUGAUUUAUUUUCUGAAGGGGGAGGAAUUUUUUUCAAGACUCAAAAAGGGAGAGAUUUUAUUCAUUAAAGUAUCCAUUUUUUUCCCCAAAAUAGUGAUUUCUGUUUAUCUUUUUGAAGCCUUCGUUUAAUUUUUUUAAAAAAAUCAGAAAUUCAUUAAUUUUUUUCUUGAAAAAUAUGCAAAAAAAUAUUUUUUUCUAUACCCUUUUUCUAACCCAAAACAUUUUUUUAAAAAAAUUUUUUUCAUGACCUAAUCCAUCCAUUUCCAGAUUUGAAACAUUCGAAAUCAAUUCCUUCGAGCAAUUUUGCAUAAACUACGCCAAUGAGAAACUCCAACAGCAGUUUAAUCAAGUUAUCUUUAUCAAUUUUUUUGAUCUGAUUUGAAUUUACUGAACUUCAGCAUGUAUUCAAACUAGAACAAGAGGAAUAUGUGAGAGAGGAAAUCGAGUGGGUCCGCGUGGAUUUCCAUGAUAAUCAGCCGGCGAUCGAUCUGAUCGAAGGACAUCUCGGCUCGAUUUGUCUCAUCAAUUUGUUGGAUGAACAGUGCAAGGUGAGCAAAAUGUGGAAUUUUGAGAAAGAAAAAGUUAAAAAAAAAAGAAUGGUUUGGAAAAAAUGUAUUGAAUCAAAUUUUGGAGUCAGAAAAAAAAAGUAAUGGGGACGUUUUCGAGUAAUAAGGGUCUAAACCCCCAAAAAUAGUUCAUUUUAAUGGAUUUUGGGCAUUUCCUGGAAGAUUAGAAAGUUGUGUAGAUUGAGGCUUCCAGUAUCUUCAUCUGGUACCUCAAGAAGUAUUCUGACCAACUUAGUAAAAUGACCUCCCUUGUGAGAGAAAUGGAAUAAAAAAUGAGAAAGUUAGGAAGAGCUACAAUUUUUGCUCAUGUAUUUGUAUCAUGUAGGGGCUAGAGAUUUCGAGCUUUUUGGUUCACAUCUAUCUAGUUUUUGAGUUAACCUUGUUGUGCUCCAUGCUUCAUCUACAUACCCACCAAAAAAUGAGCCCAAUCUGAGACGCUGAAGUCUUCGACUUUUGAGGGUCCAUAACUUUUUUCACAGGCCUCUAGGGCAGUUUUUAGGACCAGAUUUGGAAUCAGCGUAAAAAACUAAGGUAGAGCGUGGGAUGUGAAAAAAAAAGUGUUAAAGGGAAAUUUUGAGUUUGAAAUAUUUCACAUGUAACGAAAUACGUUGAAAAGUUAAAAAUGGAAAAAAACGUGGAAAUUAGGGGUUUCUAUCAUUGAUUAACUCAACUGAAUGUUAAAAAAUAAGAAAUAAAUAUUUGGCGAAAUUUGUUGGAUUAACGGUGAAAAAUGAGAAAAAUGUUUGAAAAAAUCGUUAAAAAAAAAGAAAAAGUAAAAAAAUAAUCGAAGUCGGAUAGAGAGAGGGAUGUAAAAAGUGUUGAAGGGAAAAAUUAGAGUUGGAAAUUUUAGAGUUUGAAAUAUUUCACAUGUAACGAAAUACAUUGAAAUUUAAAAAAUGGAAAAAAAAAACUUGGAAAUUAGGGAUUUUUUUAUCAUUGAUUAAUUGAACUAAAUGUUGAUAAAUAAGAAUGAGGGAAAAAUAUUCGGUGAAAUUUACUGGAUGAACGGGAAAAAUGCUUGAAAGUAGGGUAAUUAGGAGUCUUUAUAACGCAAUAACUGUAAAAAAAAUUUAGAAAUAAAAAAAAUCAGAAAUUUUGGAAAGAAAAAGGUGAUUUUCUUCAAAAAAAAAAAUCACUUAUUUCUAUUCGUAUUUUGCAGUUGGUCCGAGGAACGGACAAAGAUUGGCUCAGUCAAAUUUCGGGCAAUCCAGAACUCAAAAGAAAUCCCCAAUUGGCCUUCCCGCGGGUCCGAUGCGACGAUUUCAUCGUCCGACAUUUUGCAGCUGAUGUAAUAUUUAUCAAAAAAUAAAAGUCAGGAAGGAAUUUUCCAGGUGACUUAUACAAUUGACGGUUUCGUUGAGAAGAAUCGCGACACGAUCAGCGAACAGCUCUUGGAAGUCAUCUUCAUGACCAAGGUUCGACAAAAAAAUGAAAAAAGAAAAAUCAAAGAUACGUUCUCAGUGGAAUAUAAAUGGUUGUUAGGUACAAUUAUUUCAGGAUUUUUCAAAUUUUCGAAAAGCUUAAAAACCGAAAAAUAUGGGUAUUAGAACAAUUACAAUUUAUUUUAGGUUUGAUAAGUCGAAGAUUUUCUCAGAAAUUUGAAUAUGAAAAAAAUAAAAAAAGCGAAAAUUUUGAGAAUAAUAGUUGGAAUCAUAUUCUCAGGUUUUAGGUAGAAUAAAACUAAAAAUUUUUUUAGAAAAAGAAGCAAUUUUUUUAAACUCCUUUGCGCUUUUUUUCGUGUUCUGAAAAAUUUUUUUCUUCGUACUUUUUUUCUCCGAUUUUUUUUCAAGCCCAAAAAAAUGGAAGGGAACCAUAAUUUUGUAUAACUAAGGAGGUUCAAAUGAAAAGGUUCGUUUUCUUUUUAAUUUAGUAAAAAAAUUCAACUUUUUAUUCAUUUUAUGAACCCUAAUAUCAAGUAAUGAAGUAAAAACUCUCUUUUAUCCGAUUUCAGUUCAAUUUCCUACGAGAAGUGCUCGGUCCCCAGGCGACGGCCGUUUUGGAAGCCAAAAAAGGAGCCGCCAACGGAAAGAGAACUGUGAAGAAGACGGUGGCUAGUCAGGUAGGAAAGAAAUUCCCGAACUUCAUAAAACUGACAAUUUCAGUUCCGAGACUCUCUGAAAGAUCUGAUGACGGUCUUAUGUUCGACUCGGCCUCAUUAUGUCCGAUGCAUCAAGCCGAAUGAUGGAAAGAGAAGGUUUCACCCUUUUUGAUGCUUUUUUUUCCUUUAUCUGUUUUUGGAAAAUCAAAAUUUUAAAGGUCAUUGAUAAAGAUUAGCGGCGGCUGUAGAAAAGCUAUAGAGACAAGAAAAAUAGCUUGAGCCCAGGAUUUAUCUCAUUUUUAAAUUAGUCUUCUUUCCAGAAUUUUUUUUUAGAGUAUAAAUUUUUUCAUUCUCGAUAGGUCUUUUGAGUUGUCAGCUGAGACCAGGAAAUCUGCGUUCUAAGAAAAUUAUGUAUUAAUGGUAAAUGAAGCUUUUCAAGCCCAAAGACGUCGAUUUUGAUAAGAAAGUACAUUUUAAACUCCGAAAAAAUGUAGAAUUUCUUGAAAUUUUGAGCCUAGAAACAUCCAUUUUAUAGAUAAAAUUGUGAAUCUGACUAAUUUCGCCCCUUUUUCAGCUUCGAAUUCGACCCGAAACGAGCCAUCCAACAGCUCAGAGCCUGUGGAGUCUUGGAAACUGUCCGAAUUUCGGCGGCUGGUUUCCCGUCAAGGUUCCGAAUAAUCAAUAAAAGAAGUGGAAGUUGAAAAAUUCAGAAUGCUCUACGACGAGUUUUCCAAGAGAUACCGCGUACUUUACACGAAGGAACGGGCUUUAUGGAGGGAUAAGCCGAAAAAAUUCGCCGAUAACGCGUGUGCCGCAUGUUUGGAGGUGGUUUAUAGAAAAUAAAACUCUGCUAAAAAAAACUUUCAAAGAAACUGGGCCAGUUGGGCCGGACUUCGGGCCUUUUUCGACAAAGAAGCCUGCUCAGACUUGGAAUAACCUAGCCCUUUCCUUUUCCUUCAUUUUUGUGGAUUUCUAAUCGGGCUGACCCGCGGGCGAAGUUCCUAUUCGGGCCAACCCGAGAGCGGAAUUUCUAUUCGGGCCAACCCGAGAGCGGAAUUUCUAUUCGGGCCAACCCGCGGGCGAAAUUUUUAUUCGGGCCAACCCGCGCUUUUAAUAAAUAAAUAUAUAUUCGGGCCAACCCGCAAUUUAGAUAAAUAAAUAAAUAAGUUUUUUUCAUCCUAACUGAAACUUUUUUUAGCCAAAAAAAUUAUUUUUAUACUGGUUUUGCUAAGGCCCGGUUGGGCGCAGAAAAUGGCCCGAUGGGCUGACGGGCCCGCCCUCGCACAAGCCUGCUCAUAAGGCAAACUUUUUGAGAUUUUAUAGUCUAGAAAACAGAAAAAUAUUUUUCACAAAAACUGAAAGAAUACAUUGAAGGAAGGAAAAUACGCUCUGGGAAAGACGAAGAUCUUCCUCAGGACCGGCCAAGUCGCCGUGUUGGAGCGCGUCAGACUCGAAACGCUUUCCGCCUCGGCCCUUCUCAUUCAGGUUCUACAUACGAAUCUUUUUUUUGACAAAUUUUUUUAGAAAACUUGGCGAGGCUACGUGGCUCGUAAGAAGUAUGAAAACAUGAAAAGAUCCCUUCAAAUUAUCCAGGUUUUCGGCUGGAGAUUUCAGAAGAGAACGUGGAUUUCAGGCCGCCACGAGAGCCUUCUUGGCCUUCAGAAGAAUCAAAUAUCUGCAGAUGCACCGGGCGGCCAUCGCCAUUCAGUCGGCUGUCAGGUUUGUCAGAGACUUUUAGAGGGAUCCCUAGAGGGAAUAUCGAAAAAUGAUCGAAAAACCUCGAUUUUCAGACGGCAUCAAGCCGAAAAACGUUUCCAGAAGAUCCGAAACACGGUCAUCGCCAUCCAGUCCCACUUCCGAGCUGUGCGAGUUCGACGAUAUGUUGAGAAAGUUUGAAAGACAUAUAAAAGUCUUCUCCCAACACCUCCCUUUUCAAGAUCCGCUAUGAAAAGUCGGCGAUCAAAAUCCAAGCGGCCUUCCGCGGCUGGAUGGUCCGUCGGGAACAAAUCGUCAGAUGCCAGAAGAUCGUUCUCGUCCAGUGCUGCGUCCGACGCUGGCUCGCUAAGAGACGUCUGCGCGAACUCAAGGUAUGAGUCCCUACGUGGGUUAACCUUGGAAGUAGAGAUCGUACUUCGGCUGACUCGCAGGUAGAAAUCGUCGGCAGCCCGAGGGCGGAGUUCCCACGCGGGCUAACCCGAGGGAGGGAUUUCUAUUCGGGCUAACCCGAAUGCUCAUGCGGGCUAACUCGAAAGCAGUAUUCAUAUGCAGGUUGACCCGCGGGCGAUAUUCCUCUUCGGGCCAACCCGCGGGCGAAAUUUCUAGGCGGGCUUACCCAGCCGGAAUUCGUAUUCGGGUUGACAUGCGGGCAGAAUCCUUGCGCGGGCUAACCCGAGGGCGGAAUUCCUAUUCGGGUUAAACCGUGGGCGAAAUUCCUAUGCGUGUUGACCCGCAUGCCGACCCGUGGGCGAGGUUCCUAUGCGGGUUGACCCGCGGGCGAAAUUCCUAUCCGGGCUAACCCGAAUGCCGAAUUCUCACGCGGGCGAAAUUCCUAUGCAGUCUGAUUCAAGGGCAGAAUUCCUUUGCGGGCCAACCCGCGGGCGAUAUUCCUCUUCGGGCCAACCCGCAGGCGGAAUUUCUACGCGGGCUAACCCGAUGGCAUAAUUUUUACGUGAGCUAACCCGAAGUUAUAAAUCGUAAACGGGCUAAACCUCUGACAUGAAUUAUAUAAGCAGUUACCCGCGGGUUGGAUUUUUACGUGGGCUAACCCGCAGUUAGAAAUCUUAUAAGGGUUAACCUGCUGUCGGGUUUACCCGAUCCAUCCUGAAACACGAAGAAAAAUGUUUUAGUCAUUUCAAAAAUUGUAGAUCGAAGCUAGAUCCGUCGGUCAUUUGCAAAAGCUCAACACUGGCCUGGAGAACAAAAUCAUCGAGUUGCAGAUCAAAUUGGACGCCGAGGUAUCGUUUUUAUUACGAGCCCCCUCCCAUGUUGAAUCUUCCCUCUGGAACUCGAGGAGAAGAAGAAAAAAAAAGACAUAAAAUGGCAACAUUUUGCCGGGCGCCGAGAGCUUCUUUAAUGGGGCUAACGGCAUGAAUAACGAGUUGCAAAAGCGUCUUUUCGGCUCCCUCGGUCAGAAACUUUGGCCAUUAUUUAAUGAGGAAUGUUCUUCGAGAAGUUCCGGUUGUUUUUGAAGAAUUAUUCUGGCUUGUCAAGUUUUUUUGAUAUUUUAAAUGUUGUCAAAGCUUCAAUUUUGUAGAUUCUUGUUAGUUUUCGAAUUUUUAGUCCAUUAAAACGCCGUUUUUCAGAAUAAUUUCUUCCAGAAAAAAAACAGUUUUUUUACAAUGUUUAAUAAAGAAAUUUCAUUGUUUUUUUGACUGUUUUAAAAACAAACCGGCUUUCUUCCUUUUUUGUCCUGAAUCGAAGUAGCUUUCGGGAGUUUUUAAUUCGGUAGAUUCUUGGCAGCUUUUGAAUCUCCAUUUCAUCUGGACCUACCUUUUUUUCAGAACCGCUUCUUCUUGAAAUAAGUUUUAUUUAAACAAAACUCUUUGAAAAUUCUGAUUUCAUUGAUUUUUGGCCCUUUUUUAUAAAAGCCAUAGAUUUUUAUAGUAUUUUGGGGUCACAACAGCUUUUUAUUUUUGUGUUUUGUUAGAUUUUCUGCAUAUUUGUGGAGUCCUAUAACCUGUUCUAGUUUUUUGCUGUCUAGAAAAUUGUUUUAAAAACAAAAUAUAAUUUAAUUUUUAUUCAACUAGAAAAUUUUGAGAAAUAUCUGUUUUUCCUGCACUUUAGACUUCUUUGAAAUCAAUUUUGAGCUUCUAAACCUUCUUCAAAACAAGUUAUUUUGAUUCUAAAAGUUUUUUUGCUGACACUGGGGGGUUUAUCCGUAAUUUUUUUCAAAAAUAUGUUUUAAAAGAUCUGAUUUCAUAUUUUUUUUUAUCAGAAAGGUUAAUUUGAUUUGAAUUGGUGUGAAUCAAGUUUUUCAUUAAAUUUGGUCGAACUUUAUGGAUUUUCUCAAUCAACAGGGUUUUUUUUAACUUGAGAAAUUCUUCUAAAUUUUCAAUUUUUAGGUCUACAAAUGGACUUUGAGUUUUAGAUUUUUGUUCAGAAAAUAUUUCUCACUUUCUGUUUUUUUAAAUUUUUUUCUCUUGAAAAAUAUAUAAAAAGUAUCAAUAUUUAUGUUUUUAUUGGAAAAGAAGGCGUUUUUGUUUAACGACAAUAUUCAUGAGAAUCAUUCUUUUUUCGGCACGGAAUUCUGCCCCCACACACGAUUUUUAUUACAAAUUGAUGUCUAGUGAGAAUCUUCCUCGUUUUUGGCUUUUUUUUUAAUUCUAGGAAGUUUUUGAAGGUUGUGGAUAUUAGUUUGGCUUUUAGAAGGAUUUAGGUAGGCAGAAAAAAAUUAUAGAGUGGUGUAAAGUUUUUUUUUAAUAUUUAGAAUGUUCAGAUUUCGUUUUUGGAUCCGUUUCUAUUCGAUAAAUUCUGCUCCUUUACUUUUUUUAAUAAUUCAAUUUUUUUGGAACUAAUUAUUUUUUUAGGUGCUCGACCUUGAAAGUUUUUCUUGAUAAGCGUUAAUAGAAUGUUAAGAUUUCGAAAUGUGACCAAAAUUGGAAGAUUUAAAAGCUUCUGAAUAGCCUCCGAAUGAACCUAUUAUGCUUUGAACACGGAAAAAAAUCCCCUUUUUUUGAAUAUUUUCUUUACGGAAGUUCUUUUUGAGUCGAGUUUGACACCUUUCAAGUUUUAAAUGAAUUGAAUAAUUUUAUGAAAAGACCUUUUUGGGUCAUCUAAAAGUCCGAUUCUAUAAGUUUCUGCAGUUUGAGAUUCAAAGCAUCAAGUUUUCCCGUAUUUUACAAUUUAUCCACAAAUUGACUUUUUUUUGGUCCCUUCUAGUUUUUUUGACCUUUAAAUCUUCUAAUGCCGUGUUCAAAGCAAUUUCAGCGAUUUAGUUUUACUAGGAUUUAGUUAUCUUUCUCUCUCUAUGACGUCUGUUUUGGAUUUUGCGGAAUCAUUUUGAACACGGCACAAAGUCAAGGAUUAGUAAGAAAUAAAAAAAUAUUAUUUUAGAUUGAAUCUUGAAACGGAAAUUAGAGGUAAAAAAGUAGCUUUCCACAGGAUUUUUUUGAAGUUUUUGUAGAUUUUUGGAAGAUUUCAUGUUGGGGACUCAAAAUCGACCUUGGGCUUUUCGACUUUUUUUUUUGAAAUGUAUCUUUUUUUUUCUUUUUUGUUUUUUCGUAUUUUUUGAUGUUUGAACUCCAUUCUUUCAAUUUGAAAGUUCAAAAAAAGUAUUUUAACUGAAUCUUCCGACGAAAUGAAAAUCCGGUUUAUGUUCCCCUCAUUUUCUCAAGACAUUAACUGCGGCUCACGGCUGAAAAUCUGCUGAAAAAAAAACGGCUGAAAUGGCUUUUUGCCGAUUUUUCUCUCGGCUGCCCGGCAGUUACGACAAAUCGGCGCCAAGUUCACAGUUUUUUCUUUUUCUUAGAGUUUUUAGGGUCAAAAAUAUAGUGUUCUUGAUUUUUUUAUUCUUACAAGAUAGGUUAUUUCACAUGGUGGCUCGGAAUUUUUGAAAAUUGGUUAGAAUGCUCCUUGAUGUACCAGAAGAAGAUUCUGAAAGUCUCAACCUUCAAAAAUUCAUUUUUCGAAAAAAUGAAGGCUCAAAGCUCAAAUAUGACCUUUUUUAACGGAUUUUUAAGGUUUUCUUUGACGUCUUCUCUCGAAAACUAGGAAUUUUUGCAGGUUGAGAUUUCAGAGUCUUUUUUGGUGCUUCAAGAAAUGUUCUGACCAAUUUUUAGGAAAAUCCCAAUCCCAAAGUAAAAUCGCCUCCCUGUCAGUUGAUCAAUUGAGUUUUGGCGAUCAUUUCAGUUUCACUUAGCAUGUAAAGAUGAAUUAUGUUGAUAGGUUCAUUCCGUAUACUUCUUGGUGUAAAAGUCGGUCGCUUUUUUUUAUUUUUUCAAGUUUUCGAAUUUUGAACUUUUUGAGUAUUAACACAUCUAAAAAACGCAUUUUUUUUAUAAAAUGACCAUUUUUUAAGGCAAUUUUCACAAAUUGUGGUCAUUAUUUUAAGAAAAAUUCACUUUUUUGAAAAGGAAAAAUCCUUGAUUUAUUGUUUGAUUCUCAGCUUUUUGAUUGAAUUCUAGUAGUUAUUGCAGAUUCAAUAAGCAUGUAAAGAGAAACAAAAUUGAUAGGUUCAUUCCGUACACCACUUGCUUGAAAAAGUCGGUCGCUUUUUUUGAUGCCCAUUUUUUUGAAAUUUCCAAUUUUUUUAAUAAUUUUUUUGAGCUUUAUUAAGGCGUUAACGUUUUUUUAAAAUAUCUAUUUCUUCAUAAAAAUGACCAUUUUUGAAGUCAGUUUUUCAAAUUUUCUUGUCAUUAAUUUUUAAAAAUAUUUCAUUUUUUUCCUGAAUUUUUCUAUUUUUCGCCGAAAAAAAUGCUCUCAAAUAUCAAUGAAAAACUAUUUUGACCUUAUUAUAUUUUGAUUUCAGGUGAAAUUGGAAAACUUGGGUUGAAAAAUUAUUGAAAAAAACACUUUUAUAAAAUCGCCAAUAUUCAGUUUUUCGAAUCUCAAAACCUAACCACAAACGAGAAUUUUACGCAUUUUAGACACUCAAACAAUGUAAAUUUCAAAAAAAAAAAUCUUUGCAAUUUUCAAAAAAUUGUUCAAUACCAAAAACGACCAAAAUGAUCAACUUUUCCAGUCGGAAGAUAGUAUUCAGAAUGAAAGAAAACAAAAAAAAAACUCCUAAAAAAUGGCAGUACUUUUCCGGCUCCCUAACGCCUCUUUGUCAUUGGAUAUGGGCGAAAAUUGAUAGUGAGAAGAAGCUUCUGACAAAUGACUUCUCUGUUUUUGCUUCCCGAGGGCGGAAACAUGUGUUUGACCGGCCUUCGAGUUCAGUUCUUGUGAUUUUUUCGAUUUUGUCGUACUUUUAUUGGUUUUUUUGUUUUUAUUUAUGCAAGAAACUAUCAGCAAAAAAAGAAAAAAAAAAUAGAGCCUCCCAUUUUAAAUUGAAAAUGGUCUUGAAAGGUAGAAAAUAGGGAGAAGAGGUUCUUUUAAGUUUUUUUAAAAGUGGAGAAAUUUUUAAGCCUUAUCCAGCUGAUAUUCAGGUUUUUUCCAGACCUUAUGACCUUUUUUCAUGAUUCUUUUUGAAUAGUCUAUUCAUGAUUGCUUCCCAGGUGUUUUUUUAAGCCUUUUAUGGAUUUAACUUUAAAAAACAACCAAUUCACGUUUGAAACCUUUGUGAGAGGUCGCUAGGCGUUUUCAGGCCGUUAUCUAGGACUGUCGAUCCUAAUUUUCAUAUUUUGUACAAAAAUAGAGCUUUAAAAAGUUGUAUGGUUAUAACUUUUUGAGGACAAAUAAAGAUCAGAAAAACAGAUUUCCCAAAAAAUUAAGUCAAAAUAAAAUUCUGUGCAAAAUUUCAAAGAUGUGCUCUUCAACUACAAAAAAGAAACGCACAUAAAAUCGAAUUGGACGCUUUUUUGAUUUGAAACGCGUCUGAUGUGGUUUUGAUGGGCGGCGCACUUGAAGCCGUGCUCUUUUUUGGCCUACUUGAAUUACCCGAAGAAUAUGGCUCAACAAACUUUUUUGCUCCACUCAGAUUUUCUUCUUCCUUCAAAAUCUUCAUUUUUUGAAGCUCUUGAUCUAGGAAAUUGAGGUUAAAACUCGUCAGAACGUCUUUUUUUGGAAGGAAAAUGAGAAUUUUGUGAUUUUUCAAGUUUUUAGUCUAAGUUCGAAAUCACUUGAAAAAUUUCAAUAGUUCGAAAUAAUUGAGAUAAAAUUGAAUUUUUGGAAGAGCCCUGAGAAGCUGAAUCAGAUAAAUUUCCGACUUAGAUUCGAAAUUUAUCCUUAUUAUGGGUUUACUCCGAAAAACUUGGAGAGUAGAUCCACAAAAAUCUUUAAAAAAGCUUCUAGAACGCCCUAGAAUCUUGAAAACCGCCCCUUUUUCGAAUUCUGUAGGAAUCCUUGGCUCAAAUCCAACAUCCCUGCUGUUUUUCCGGCACAGGCGGAUAUUGUGAAGCAAACAGUCCGGGGAAAACGUCAAAUUUGGCGUAUUUAUUCAAUUUUUCCGGAAAAGGAGUAGCCCAGAAUUAUGAUUUCUUUCCUGAAUAACUUUCUGCUACGAACCAUGCCCUUUUGAAAGCUCUAGAGGCUCCUGUAGGGUUCUUGGCCCGAUUCCAACACUCCCACUGUUUUUCCGGCACAGGCGGAUAUUUUGAAGAAAAUAGUCUUGAGGAAAAACGUCAAAUUUGGCGCAUUUAUUUUUUGUUGGAAAUAGCCUGAAAAGCCGAAUGAUACGGACACGCGUCGGCAGCCAGACCGGGGGCCCGAAAGCCGGAAAACGGACGACUCUAAUCGGCCCGGCGGCGGCUGUUUGUCGUCGUGUUGCGCCGAAUUCUCGUGUGUCUUUCCAGGUGUUGCCGACCGACAAUACGGUCAAUUUUGGCCAUAAUCUUGUACCUUUUUUGCUUGUUCUUUUGAACUUUUAGAGUAACAGCCUUUUUUGACACGAUUUGGUCAAUUUACACUUAUAAGCAUGUCUAUUCAGUUCUUCAGAACUUGAGAAGAAUCGAAUUUUUCAAAGACAUGGAAUUUAGUCCUGAAUCGUGUGUCUAUUUUUGAUCGCUCUUUUCAACUUCCAAUGAAACUGUCAUUAAGAACAUGAAAAACUUCUGGGUUUUCUCGAUUUUUUGCCACUGCGCAAAACGGUCAAUUUUCGCUCUGAAUAUCUCACCUUUUCAUUCAGAAAUUGGGAAAAAUGGAUAGUUUUGAAGCCAGAAAAUUAGUUUUCUUGAAACAAACCAUUUGGAGAAAUUUCUAAUUUUACCGUCGAAAAUACGGUUAAUUUUCGUCUAGUCUCUUUUGCCUUUUUUAGAAUCAAAAUAAUUUUUGAACUUUCUUUUUCGAAUUUUUCGGAGUUUCCCCAAAAUAUUGUACUGUAAAAUACGGUCACUUUUUAAACCAUAAUCUUGUGUCUUUAUCGUUUUCUUUCUUCCGACAGAAUUCAAAGUCAAUUUUGAAAAUAAUGAGUUUUGAAGUUUAACUCAAGUUUUAUCAUUGACUCAUAGUUUCUCAACUUUUUUUUAUUCUUGAAAGUUGAGAAAAGCCAUUUAUUUUUCAACUUUUUGACAUUUUUUCUUUGCAAGAAGUUCAAAAAAGGUUCAGUUUUUAAAUUUCAGCUUCAUUUUCAUAGAAGGGUCUUGUUUUCUUUAUUUCUUCUUAUUCUCACAUCUUGAAGUUGAAGGAAGUCCUUAUUUUUUUUUUGCUUCACGAGGAUUUUUAGAAGAAAAAAAUAAUGAAGUUCAACAGCUUGAAAAUGGCCAUUUUUGAAAAUCCAGGUUGAUAAGAGAUUCAUAUUUUCUCAGUUUUUCCCUGUUCUUAUACCUAAAAAGUCUUAAAAAAAGCUUCUUUUUAAAGUGGUAUGAAAAAAACACCAGCAAAAAAAUUCAAACGGCUCCCCUUCCGACUUUUUUUCCUUUAUGUUUUUUUCGGUUCAUCUAUAAACUUUUUUUUUCCUAUUUCUUUGUGUUUUUAAUCUUGAACCAACUACCUACUUUUUAUAGGAAGAUUUAAACGGAGAUUUUAUCGAGAAAAAAAGUCGGAAAAAGAUUCGUCGGAAAGUUUCCUAGCCAUAUGAAAAAAAUCGGAAAAGUCGUCGUUUGAAUUUUUGCUGGUCUUUUUUUCAUACCACCUUUUUCUGAAUCUCAACGCCUUUCCGGAGAUUCUCUGCGAAAAGUCCAACAGCUUGAGAAGCGACAGAAAUGUUUCUUGAAGUAUUUUGGCGAGAAAUGAAGCUGUGUGUGAGGUUUUUGUCGCUUUUGCCGGUCGCCCCAGGGGAUGAUAAGUAUUGUCGUUCUCGACAUGCAUCUUUCUCGUUGCCUUUUCAACUCUCGACCACCAGAAAAAAAACUGAAUUUUUCACGACCCCACGGACUUGUUUUCCAGUGUUUUCAAAUUUUCGAACAAAAUAUUUUGAUGGAUUUGUUGAUAAGUUUUGACUUUUGAGCCAUUUAUAUUGGCUCGGAAAUUUAUUUUAGUUUUUUUAGACCAAUAAAUUCACUUUUCCGUCAAUUUUAAGUCGAAAAAAAUGGAAAUUAGAAACUUCCAAAUUCCAGUCAAAAUGAUCCGAUUUGAGUAAAAUCGACUUUUCUUUUUUCUGAGCUUUUAAUUAAUUGUUUUAAAGUUAUAUUUUUUGAAUUUAUAAGUUUUUUUUCCUUCCUUUUUGUAAUUUUUUUUUAGGUUGAUAUGAGUUUUUUUAAGACUUUCUAUGCCUAAAAAUGUCAUAGUGGUUUUUUUAGUUUUUUUCAAAAUUCCCGUCUUGGUGCAAAAAAAUGAGGAAUAAGUGACUUACAUGUUUUUUUAAAGCUACAUUUUAAUAAAUUUUGGUUUAAAAAAAUUUGUUCUUUCGCUCCUAUUAGAUGAAUAAAAAAAUUUUUUUUGAAUGUGAAAGAAAUUCGAAAAACUUGAUGUCUUGUAGGAAAUUAUGGAAGAUUUCUCAAUUUUCAAUGAUUUUCCGGCUUCUUCCGUGUUUAGGAUCAUUAUACGAAUGAGAAUUUUUUUAAUGAAACCUCAUAAAAAAAUGACUUUUUUUCACGUAGAAAAAUUUUUUUAAAGUUCUAUUUUGAGCCCGGCUUGAAACCCUUUCUAUCAGAAAAAAAUGUAAAAAAACCAAAAAAAUUUGGUCAUUAUUUAUUUUCUAACCUUAUUUCCUAUGGUUACCUUGCUCCAGGUACUGUAAAACUGAUCAUUUUGAGACCAAUUAUGUGAAUUUCUACUCAUUUUUCUCUAUUUUCGAAAGGCUUGAGAAGAUGAUAUGAAUCUCAGGGAGGAUCACUUAAACGAUAGCUAAUUGUCUCGAGAAAGAGAAGAAGAAGAAGUUGGGCGGAGAUUUAUGGCGCCCGCGGCUGUUUUGAGGCCUUUUUGCCACUCCCUCCCACCUGCCCUUUUCCUGUUCCCAUGCCGCUUUUCCGUAACCUAUUUUUUGAUUUUAAUUCGAAGAGUUAUUCUUUUCUCUUCUCGUUCUGAAGUUUUCCCAUUUUAUUCGCUAGCAUUUUUGAUUUUUUGAUUCGAGGUUGGGAUAAUACCUUGUUAAAAAUCAGACUUUGCUGAGAAAAGCUCUUUUUAUGAUAUUUCCGAGCGAUUUUAAUGAAUUUUCGCUUCGAAAAAAGUUUUUUGAUUUUAAAUCUUUGAUCUUUUUUUUCAUUUUUUUUUUUCGAUUCAAAAUCAAAAAAUAAAAACAUUGGUUACUAAUAAAAUUCUUAUUCGAAAAAGCUUCCUUUUAUGAUAUUUUAUAGCGAUUUUAAUGAGAUUACUUUUUUCCAUUUCUACUCGGAAAAAUUUUGCUUGAACUGAGAUUCUAUGGCUCAUUUUUCCGUUUCACUCGGCGUUAAUUUUGAUUUCUUCCCUUUUUUAUUCACUCUCUUAGCGUCCAGUGUUAACUCUUAUAUACAUUGCAUAUUGUCAAACUCGGGGAUCGAAAAAAAGUUAUUUUUUUAUGAAAUUUACGAGCUUCUUUUCCUUCAAAACGAACAUUUUUAAGCUCUCUGUGGUUAGUAAAAAAAAAAGUUCUCGGAAUUUUUCUAUUUCUUGGUUUUUUUGACGGCCAGGAAGAUAUAAAGUCUGAAUUUAAUAAGCUCCUUUUUUAACUUUAUAUUUUAUUUCACUAUUUUCGAGCUUUUUCAGAAGCUAUCUAGUUUUAGUUUUUUGCGUUUUUAUGAACUUUUUCCCGGAAAAUACAAAAAAUCGUUCGUCUUCCAUUUCAAAGAAAACGAAUAAGAAGUGAAAAUCUCCAACCUUGUCUUUUUCUUUCUAAUCACAUUAAGAAUUAACCUCGUUUUUUCGGCGCUGAUUUUCUUUUUAUCUCCAUGGUUUUUUCAUCUUUUUGAUCGAAUUUUGAAGGUUUCAACAGCAAUUUUUUCACGGGUUUUUGAUAUUUUGAUGUUGAAAGUGUCCAGUAGAAUCGGAAGUUUUAAGAUUUCAAUUUUUAGAAACAAAAAAACACUUUUUUUAUCAAUUUGGAAGGUUUUGACAGUCAAACAUUUUUUUGAUUAGACCCCAUAAAUUUGAUGUUAAAAAGUGCUGAGUGAAAUGAAAAGCUUGAAUUUUUUGAUUUUUUGACUCACUGAGAACUGGUUUUUAGGUUAAUUUUUUUCAUUAGUGAAAUUUAGUAAAAUAGAAAUUUUGAAUUUUUUUCAAUUUUUAGGCCCAAAAAAAUCUUGUUUUCAAUUUUUUUCACGAAAAAAUGUUUUCUACAUAUUUAAAUCUUACUUUGCUGUUUCGAAAAAAAGAUAUGAGAAACAUCAAAUUUCUUCGGAGUUCCAAUGCUACCUUGUGCUGGAAAAUCCUAGAUUUAUUUCAUUUUUUCGAAAAAAAAAAGAUCAUCGAUUGAUUUUUAUACAUGGAAUAUUCAUUUUCAAGUUUUCGAAAAGAAAAUUUUCGGAAAGUUGACUUCAAAUCUUCUUUUUCUAAAGGUUUUCCGUUUGCCAAUGGUCUGUUGAUUAGUGGAGAUCGUAUUGAUUUUUCGGAUUUUUUUCUCUUUGCGAAAAAAUGUGGGUGUGAAAAGCUUGAGUUCGAGUUGAACUGUGGGGCCGUUUGGAAAAAUUAUAUUUCCCUUAUUUUACAUUUUUUUUUCUUUUCAUUUUCAACAAACCUUUCAGUAAAGGAUUACAAAUAUCAAAAAUUUCUCGUUUUACCGAAUUUUCUCGAUUUCUCCAAUCUGAUAUGUCAAGCCUCCAUUGCAUUUUUGACAGUAUCUUUUUUUUUCAACCCAUUUUUCAAGUUUAAUUUUGUCCCAUAUUCAAUGAUUUUCAUCUGUUUUCCGGUUUAUUACAGUUUGCUAACCUCUAAAAAUUCGCUUUCAAAAAAUAUACCUAGAAGUUUUCAAGCAAAUAAAAAAAAAUCCAUUUUUAUGAAAUUAUUAUUUUGUCGCCGUACUUUUUUGAAUAGUUCUUUCCAGAAAAAAAAAUACAAAAUUCGAAAAAAUUACCAAAAAGAGUGUAAAAGACAUGAUAAAGGAACGCUCGUAUUUUAUUAAUUUUCAAUGGAGCACAAGAAAACAGUCGCUUUUUGUGAACGCCCGCACUUUAUAUAAUACCACUCUUUACAUCAUCUAUCGGCAUGAAAUUCUCAAAAUUCUCGAAAAAGAAACUUGCUAACAGGAAUUACAGUUUCAAUGGAGCUUCAAGUAGAUUCAUUUUUACGGAUAUUGUUUUGAGUUCCUCUGUAAUCAAAAAGAAAGCUGAAAAAAAAAAUCAAGCCGAUGAUUAUUCAGAAACUUUUAGUUGAAGAUGAUAAUUUUUUUCGGACUCAAAUUUCAAACGAUUAUCGUUCACUAGGAAAACAUUUAGUGGCCACUAUAGAGGUUCUCUAUUUAGUGGCCACUUCAGGUUUUCAUCCAAUAUUCCUUCCAGUAACUCUGAUAAUUUUGAAACAACAGAUUGGACCAGUUAUUUUGAUCCAUUGACCCCUAGAGUGGUCAGUAGAGUUUUUAGUGGUCUAGUAGUACCACUUAUACCUCCAUAGUGGCCACUAGUUUUUAACCCCUUAAGUGGUCACUAGUUUGACUACUAUAGUGGCCACUAAAACUUCGAAACCCUAUAUUGGCCACUAAACAUUUUCCCUGCAAAUCUACUUUUUUCCUUUAAAAUUAUCAAUUUUGAACAUUUUGAACCUACUUUUUUUCCCUUCAGAAAUCUAGAUUCGAUAUACUUUCAGCUCACUAUUUUUCCAACAAUCUGAACUUGAUUCAAAAAAGACAAUGAAUUUUCAGACGAAGAAAUCCCGCGGCGAACGGGAACGACUCUCGUCGACGUCGACGGAACUGAAGACUCUGAAGGCCGAAAUGGCCUGUCUCGAGGCCGAACGGUUCGAUUUUCUUCCCUGUUGCCGUGAAAAUGAUAGGAUCAUUAUCUCAGUGGGAAUUGUGAGAACCAGGUGUGGGUGUGGGAAAGAAAAUGGAGAAUUUAUUUUAGAGAAAAGGGAUGAACUAUCUCAGAAGAGAAGGAAGACGGAAUGGGAAAGGAAAAUGUAGCGGUUUCAUCGGAAAUUCAUCAUAAAAUAGUUUUCGAGGACAUUUUUUUGAAUUUUUGGCUGAAAAAAAGUUGGAAUUCAUUUCAUCAUUUUUUUAUCUAUAAGUUCAUCAACAUUUUUUUAAUUUCAUGGCUUUUCGGGAAAUUUAGAGGUUUCUCUCCCUUUGUUUUUCACUAUUCAAAGUCUUCUUUUUUUGACAUGCAGUCUGAAAAAAGAAGGGCAAAAAAAUAGCUGGAUGGUCAGAUUUUUUUCCAUUUUUUUCUCUUUUUAUUUUAUUCAAUCUAUUAAUAUAUUAAUGUGAAACUUUGAAAAAAAUUUUACGAAAUUAGAAGUUUUCAGUGGUGGCUAUAAUGAGAAAGCUUCAUCCAGACGUUUAGAACGUUUUUUUGAGAGAGUUUUUGAAAAAGUUACGGACUUUGUACCCUCUUGUGAAAAAAAGUCCUUCUUGUUAAGAAUAUGAAAAAAAUUAGAAUUUUACGAAAAAUUUUUUUGAAUUUUUUUGAAAUAGGAGGCAUACAUGGGAUGGGCAACCCCCAUUUUCUCUUUUUCAGGUCCCACCGAGACUAUCCCAUGUAUAUAUAUAUGGGAUAUACAGAAGAGGCUUGAAACUUGCAACCAUCACUGGGUAAAAUGAGUUUUCUGGAAAAUCGCGAUGAGAAAAAUGAAAUAUUACAUAAGAAAUCACUCCAUAUUGAAGAAAAUGUCUGAAAAGUGGAUCAAAUCAUUUAUUUUUUGUUUUAGUCAGAUUUAAUCGACUAGGCGGUGAACAAGAACUCUAGAAGCUAUAAUGAAAAACGGCCUUUGGCGAGAUAGAAGACCAAAGGUGUAGUUUAUCAAGUUGAAAGCAUGGUCUUCCGGUUUUUCGUCUCGUUCUUCUACGCGUGGUUCAUUCAGUUGCGCCUAGACGAGCUCAGAAUGUAGCUGAUCUUGCGUUUGAGCCCGAAGACCGUCCUCUCGGUAGAAUCCUCAGAAGGAGAGCGACCAUAGAAGAGUGAACACUUUACACAAAAACAGUCUUUACUCAUCAAAAAAUCUCUAAUUUUCCAAUUUACAUCGUUUAGUCUGACGCUCCUGGAGGCGAAGCAUCGCGUGGAGGUGCUGCAACUGGAGGUGGAGCGGCUCGAGACGGAGUGCGACGUGAAAGAAGCCCAACGCGGCGAAUUCGAGACGCGCGUCGUGGAGCUGCGAAGCCGCAUGGAUACGGUAGCCUCUCAUAUUCCAUUUCCAUUCCUCUGUCCCCAAACACCUUCAUUAUUUUCCCUUUUUUCGGCUCCAUAUUGCUUUCAUCCCCGCAUUUUUCUCCUUAUUUUGAGCUCUUGGGAAUUUUUGAUGGAAUCUGGGGGAAGAAUUCCAGAAAAUUAUUUUUACUGUGAAAUUGAUUGUUCUCUUGAUUUGGACAUUUCUUGAAAAAAAUGUUUAAAAAAAAUGUAGUUCCAGUUUUCGUGGCCAAAAAUUUACUUCAUUUUGUUCAUUUUCUCCCUAAUAUGAUGGGAAUUAAGAAAAAAAUACUGCAGAAAAAUUUUUUUUCCUGUGAAGUUUUUUUGCACUUGAUUUGAUGUUGAAAGAAAAAAAUUAUUGAUUUUUGAACAUUUUGAAAAAAAUUAAGAUUUUCCUGCAUUUUCUUUUGCUUACUUUGAGUUUGGGGGGUAUUUGAUCGAACAUUGAAAAAAAUGCACGCAAUUUUUUUGGAAAGUUAUCCGGUGAAAUUGAUUUUGCUCUUGAUUCGAACGUUUAGAAGGGAAAAAAAUUACUGGCUUAAAAACAUUUUGAAAAAAAUAUAAUUCCAUUUUUUUGGAACUGAAAAAUUUCCAAAUUACCCUAUUUUCCUUCUUAUUUCAAGAGUUUCGGUAGGAAUAUUUGAUUAAAUCUAAGAAAAAAACCGCAGAAAAAUUUCUUGAAAUUUUGUGAAUCUCAUUUGUCUUUUUGAUUUUGAAGUUUGAAAAACAAAAAUUCGAAUUUUUUUCACAUUACCCUUCUUUUUUUCCCCUUGUUUUGAGCUUUUGGCGGGGAAAAAAACGAGGAAAUUUCUAAAAUUUGCGAGAAAAAUCGCAAUAAUUUUUUUCUCUCUCGAUUAGACGUUUAAAAAAAUGGAAAAUUACUAAUUUUAAAAAAAUUUUGGGAAAAAAAUAGUUAUUUUUUUCGUAGCCGAAAGGGAGUCUUUUUUUCAUUUUUAGGACAUUUUUCAAGAGAAAAAAACGAUCUAUUUUGGUUUAACCUGUAUCAACUCAAAUUUAAGGAAAAUUUCAAAAAAAAAAUCUCUUUUUUUAUAAAGAUAUCCGAAGGCCAAAAUCAUAACUUUUCUUUCUCACUUUGACGUUUCAACUUUUGAAAACAGUUGAGCCUAAUGAAAAAAAAAGGUCUUUAUUUAAUUUCCAGUGUUUAUUCACCGUUUUAAUUUGUUUGCCUUGUCUUCUUAGACGAUCAGAAACGAAUGUAAUCUUGUGACCAUUUUUUUCCGUCUCAUCCCGAAUCUCACCUUUACUGCUUCAAGUUUCAUUCUAAUAGUUGAUUUGAGCGUUUUUUUAUUACUAGAAAAAAAUCAAAUAAAAAGAAUAUUUUCAGAGAAAGUAAAUUUUACCGCUUGAUUCGAAGAAAAAAAUUGAAGGAAACGCUGAAAAAAAGUCGCUCAAAUAGUUGCAGCUCUUGCGCUUCAAUGAGGAGAAUUGAAUAGUUGAUUGGUUUGGGAGGUUGAAAAAUUAUCCUACUUUAAAAAGAAAAAAAUUUGAUAAUUUGGAAAAAGCUUGUCGCUUGUGUGCUCCAUGGCUAAUAAGAGACAUUUUAUUUUUUCGAUUUUUUCUUGAUUUUUUUUGGGAUCUUUAGGAAUUUGAAAUUAGAUAGGACUAUUAAUUUGUGAGAAAAAUUGAAAAAAAAAUUAAAAGAAAUUAGUCGGCAGAAAAAAAAAGACCAUGAAAAACUGUGGAUAAAAAAUGAGAAACGGAAAAAUUUCAGAAAAAAAUUUUUUUGAUUUUUUUAUUUUGUCAUUAUUCUGCCUUUUUUUCAUUCGGAAUUUACCAAUGACCAUUUUUUUAUGCUUUUUUUCAAUAUUUUUUUAUAUCUAUAUAUUCAAUACUUUUUUUCAAAAAUCGUUGCUUUUCAAUAAUAAUUUUUUUAAACUGAUCGCUUAAAUCUAAAAAGCUCAUAAGUCAGAUUUUUCGCGGUCAUUUUUUUGAUUUUUUUCGUAAUUUAUAUUAGAUCCUAUUUUUUUCGAAAGAGAUAUCACUAUCCAAAAAAUCAAAUUCGAAACUUUUCAUUUUGCAAACUCUCAAUCAAUUCUUCUUUUUUGCUCUUUUCCAAAUGAAUUGCCAAUUGUGGGGCGAAAAGACGCAUGAGUAAAGAGCGGCUCUCGUUAAUUAUGCUCUCCAGCCGAGGAACUUCAUUUCCUGAGUGAAACUGCCAAUUUUGGGCCCGAUCGGUCCCCCCAAAUGGUCUUGUUUUUCGGCCCCUUUUUGUUGCGAAAAGUUCCCCUUUUCCCAACUUUUCCUCGAUGCAUUUCAAAUUAAAUUGAAGGAAUUUUCAGAUGAACGCUGAAUCGGCCAAACAAGUGGAACUUCUGAAAGAAGAGCUCCAGGCGCUGAAAAAGGAAAACGAACAGGUCGAAGAAUCGAAAAGGAGAUUGGCCGUCGAGCUGUCUGCUGGUGGGCUUUCAAGGCUUUUUAGGGAAAAUUGCAAUUUUUUUUGGGUUUGAAAAAUGGUUUUAGCAUCGAAAAGUCAAUUUUUUUGGCUAGCCUGGAAAUUUACCAAAGAAAAUCUCAAAUGGUUGAACUCAGAAAUCGGGAAAAUAGUAUCAUUUUUCUGUUGAUCGUUUAUUGGCUGGCUUUUUGAAAUUAUCAGCCGAAAAUUAGGUUUUUCGAGCUUAAAAAGCGUCGAAAACUUGAUCAAAAUAUGUCUUUUUUGGAAAUGGCUUGAAAAAUAAGUUCUGAAUAUUGAUAGCGAAAAAUCCGCAAAACAUCAUUUUUCUGUUUCUUUUAAGAGUUUUGAGAGAGAAAUCUUGAAAGUGAUGAUGAUUCGAAGUUCAUAUUUUGAAAAUAUAUUUAUCCAAAAAUAAUUUUCAAUCGACUUGGGUCCAUGUGGAUAUAGCUGAUUCACGGCUGGCUUGAGCCAUCGAAAAAAUGGUCCCGACACGAUAAUGCACGAGAUAGCGCCUGGCUCGUGGAGAGCGCAGACAUGACACGCCCCCUUAGCGUCCCAAGCUAGCCGUGAAUCAGCUAUAAUCUCUUCCCCUCAAAUCUUUGAUUCUUUUUGAGAGAAAAUUCGUUAAAUCUAACGCUUAUUUUUAAAAGAUUAACAUGAUUUAUUUCAUUUUGGAAUCAAUAAGUUAUCGAUUUUCUUUUCAACAGAAACGACACGAAGAUGUGCCUUGGAAACGGAGGUUACAGCGAUGAGAGAACAACUGAUGAGAAACGUGGACCUCUUCGAAUCCGGAGCCUUCUCCCGAAACGGGAGCGUCCGGGCCCCGCGGGCCGACGACCAGGGCAGGACCUCCUCGAACUUGUCCUCCCUCACCUCAACUACCGACUUCGGCCCGCUGGCCACCAUUCCCGCCCGACCUUCGGCUGGAUCUCCCGAAGCCCAACUCGACGACGUCGCCUUGAUCAUCCGACAGCAGAAUAUGAUCAAUGAGAUGCGACAGAGGUGCAUGAAGUUCAAAAAGAAGCCCCUAAAGGGAAGGAGAAAGGGCUCCCUAGAGGGGAAGCUUCAGGGGAUACUUAGGAACGCCAGAGUGGUCCCUAGAGGGGUUAAGGGGAAACAACAGCCUUCACGGGGGACAGAAUAAGGCUUCCUAAAGGGCUGAAUCUAAGUGUUUCCUAUAGGAGUUGAAGGGCUGACUCCUAAAGCUCCUUAAGUGGCCACUGAAGGGGUUUUUCAAGUUUUCGUUUCUUCACUUUUUUAGAAGCUUUUUGCUUGAGUUUUAACCUUUUUUUGACACUUUUUACGGCACUUUUUCGAUUUUCAACUUCUUUUCUAUGUUAUUUUCCGUUUUCUAGUAACUAGGCUUGAAGUAUAAGGUCAGAAGAAGACACCUAACUUUUUAUCUUUUGACAUUUUCCUGCCAGGUGCGAAGAAGUACGAAGAAAACGAAUAUUUUUGAAAAUAUAAACAGAAAUUUUGCCCCUAUAGUGGCCACUAACUGAAAACCCUAGAGUGGCCAUUUUUGCAAGCUUUAGUGCCUCUAUAUGAGCAGGUGGAGUGGCCCCUUGAGGGAAACCUACUAGAGCCCCUAAAGUUGCCACUCUAGGGGCUACUCUGGUGUUCUUGAAUUUCUAAAAUAUAUAUUUGUUUUUGAGGAAUUUAGGCAGUCUUACUUUUUCAAAUACAUUUUAGGGCCGAGCACAGCCAACGAGAAACGGCCCGAAUGAAGGCGAUCCUCGAGGCGAGCGCCAUCGUCGAAUCCCUCGACCGAAAAACGUCCCUUCGAGCCUUUGAAAUCAACAAGAUGCAGGUUUAUCACCUGAAGAGUGAUAAGAAAAGUUUCUGAUGCCAGGACCUGGAAAGCGCGUACAAUCGGAUGAAGUUGGACGUGGAAAGAAUGAUUGCCGAAAAAGCCGAUGGCGGAUUCGAACAGAUGAAUGUCAAAUGCAUCUUUGACCGGAUCAUCGAGGAAAAUGAGAGGUUGGUUUGGGAUUUCCAAGAAAAAUUGGAAGGGUGAAUCGAAAAGAAGAGAAAUAACAUGAUUAUGUGAGAUAGGUUCCAAAAAUCACCCAGUAAAAAGGUUUUUCGGAGGAUUCUGAAGCGUUUACUGACCACUUGAGUGUUUUUCGCGUCCCUCUAGGGCUCACUUGACAAAUCGACAGUUUCAAGAAAAACUUUGAGUUUUGGGGGUUAUGUUCUUCACUUGGAGGUUUUUUUUUCACUUUAGUGUUCACUUGAAUCAUAUUUGUUCAAUUAAAAAAGCUGAAAUGCUCCUGAAAGGAGAAAUUGUGUUUUUUUGAAGUUUCGUUCCAAAAAAAGGCGAAAAACCCUUGAAGAAAAUAGAUUAACUAAGGCGUGGCGUUCCGGACGAUUCUGAGGCGUUUAAUGAUCACUUGCGUCCCUCUAGGGCUCACUUGACAAAUCGACAGUUUCAAAAAAAGGAAAACUUUGUGUAUUUUGAAAAUUGACUGGAUGGUACCGCAUAGAAAAAAAUUUUCCCGAAAAAAUCGUGAAAAAUCAGAACCAAAGUUGAUUUUGUACUCUGUCAGCUUUCCAAAAGCUAAAUACUUUGAUUUGAGUUUUUCUCUGUUGAACCCAUAUUUAGCUCGGAACAAUGAGAAGAUCGAAUGUUAUAAAAAAUUGGACUCGAUUUUUUCUUCAGUGAACACAGUCGAAAAGACGGGCAAGUAUGGAUUUUUCAGGUACCGAGAAGAGUCGGCCGAGCUCCGAGCGAUGCUCUCCAGCCAUUUCGAACGCCAGUCGGUCUCUGGAAGCAUGAGAAGGUCUCCCAGACCGGACUCGGGCCACUGCUCCGGCGCGGACUCCGAAGACGGAAGCAGCGCCGAUCUGGAGGAGGAACUCUGCAUCGAACGCCAGUGUCGUCAUCUGAAGAACCUCGUCGAGUUCGUGGAUUUUUUUUUCAAAGCUGAAAGAAUCCUUUGCAUGCUGGCCAGGUGUCCCAUGGGUGUGCCCGUAUCAAGCCCGUUUUUAUCCAGCUUGAGUUAUGCUGAAACGGGAGACAGUAUAAGAAAUAGGUAGCCCUAAAAAGAGACCCAACUGGGCUAAAACGGAGCCUCAGCUAUGAUAAAAAAGGGCAAGAGCUCUACCAGCAGUACUUAUACGGUUUGAAUGCGGGCACGCCCGCUGAGAGCCCAUUUUAGAACAGCUAUCAAACUUCAAUAGGAUGAGAGAGCUCUCCAGUGUCCGCGUGUUUCAUCGUUAGCAAGCGUGCUUACCCGGGCUUUAGGCCUUUUUUUUGCAAAGUCUGCCCGGGCUUGCCCGAAUUGAGGCUUUGAAUAAAUUUUUGAAAAUUGGACGAAAUAAAAAUCUUGACUCAAAAUUUUCAACUCUUUGGGCCAGCCCGAUCGGCCUCGCUAAGGUCGAAGCUUACCGGCGAUUUCAGAGAAAGAAAAGAUAGCACGUCAACGUGAGAGACGAAGAGGGCGGAAAGAAGUUCAAGCCUCGAAAAAAAAGGCUGUCCGAUCAAUUUUUUGGGAGUUGAUGUAAAAAAAAAAUUUAUAGCGAUCAUUAAUGUUUUGAUAUUCAAAGAUCCAAUGAUUCUGAACUGUAAUUUUCGCGAAAUUUGAAUUUUAUUCCUUCCAGUAGCCUCACCCAAAUGGUCACUAAUCAAAGCCGCGAAAUCGAGCAACUUCGACAGCAAAGAUCCUGCGAGUCGCAAGCCCAAUUCGUUAGUUUCUUAUUUUUUUUGUAG